CACACGUGACAAAUCACCGGAAGUAAAUAAAGAGUGUUCCCGCGCAGUUAAAUUGACACAGCGGCGAGCUUCGUUGACACAUCAAAAUUAACACAAUGGAUGAACUCUAUCUGGAUAACAUCGACGAGUUCGUCAACGACCACAACAAGAUAGUGACCUAUAAAUGGCUGAGUCUCACUCUGGGGGUCCAUGUCAAUGUGGCAAAACAAAUGCUGUACCAUUACCUGGAUCACAAGAGGAAAGAAAGCUCAGCUCAGCUCCACGCCACCUAUCUUGUGUCUGGCAAGUUGGUUGAGAACGGCCAAACGAGCCACAGAGUUUCAGUGGUCAGAGAGGAGCAGCUAGAAGAUGUCAAGUCCAAGAUGAGUGUGACAGUCAGCGUCCACGUGUACAGCGUCCAGAAAGCUGGACUGAAAGACAGCGGCCCGCUCUACAGCGUCGACUACGAUGCUGUGAAAAACAACCUGAAGAACUGCAGCAGGUACAGCGCCAUUCGCUGUGCCAGCGCGGUGCCCAUGUCCUCGGCGGAGGUGCAGCAGGCCAGGGAGAUGGAGCGGGCUGUGGUGCCAGAGCCUCAAAAUGCAAAAACUGUCAUGAACGGCCACGCCAGUGUGGCUUCGAAACCUUCCACCAAGCCGCCUAAAGGCAUCAUGGGAAUGUUUGCAAAUAAGCCUACCCCCAAGAACGAGGACGCCGGCAAGGAGAUAAAGCUGGAGCCGAAAGAGAGUGCAGCUGUGGUUGAGGCCCCCAAAACCAAACCAGCUGCAAAGACCAAUCCAAUGGCCAACUUCUUUGGGAAUCAAGCAGCAAAGAGACCGGAAAAAACUGUGAAGGAGGAGGAAGGAGCCCCAUCAUCCUCCUCAGUGGAGCAGAGACCUUCAAGUUCACGAGCUGAAGAAAUUCAAGAGGCUGUCACAGUGGAGCAGCCGAGGGAGGCGAAGAAAGAGUCCAGGAGCAAAACCAAGCGAGUAGAGGACUCUGACAGCGAGGAGGAGAAAAUGGAGAAGAAAAAGAGACGCAGGAUUAAGAAACCUGAGCCAGACAGCAGCGACGACGAGGUCAUUCCAGAUUCUCCCCAGAGGCACGAAGCGAGGGAGCCGUCUCCCCGCUCCGAACGAGAGGAGAUGACGUCCGCGUCCCGUCCGCAGCAGGAGAACUCUGGAAUUAAGACGAGGAAGAGGAGGCGGGUCCUGAAAUCUCGUACCUUUGUGGAUGAAGAGGGAUGCAUAGUGACAGAGAAAGGCUAUGAGAGCGAGUCGUACUCGGAGACCGAAGACGAUGUUCAGCCCACCAGAUCAGCUCCGAAAGAUCCAAUCCCUGCAAAAAUACCAGCAAGCAGGAAAGAGGACGAGAAGCCGACGAAAAGUCAAAAGAAAGCUGCCGCCAGUGCAAACAAAGGAACCAAACAAGCUUCAAUCAUGGGGUUUUUCCAGAAGAAGUGAUGGAGGACGGUUUCAGACAAUUUAGUUAGCACUGAUUAGGAAACACUUGGUGUUUCAGGUCAAGUCCCCCUCAGCUGCCGCACGUCACAUGGACAAAAACAUAACCUGAGAACUGAAGCACUCGAAAAAAAAAUCUGUCAGUUUCAGCAUGUUAAUGUUUCCAUAUAUUUUACUUUAACCUCUUUGUGAGUACCUGUGUGUGUAAGUUCUGCAAUGAGAAGUACCAUGUGUUGUCUCAAGUUUGAUAUAAAAAUGUUUAAAUAUAUAUGUAAAUAGGUGGUGCAUGCUACCGGUGAUAAAGGCUUAUUCUAUAGCCGGGAGGUUUCCGAGGGUAAACUGUGUAUUUUAUACCUCACUCAAGCUGUCUGUGGGCAUAAAUCAAUAUUUUGGAAAAGCUGAUGGAAAAGCUUGUUCCUGUGAUCUGAUCGUAUGUAUGGCAGCUUUUCUGAUGAGGGUCCCGUGUCCUCACUUACAGGAUGGCCAAUUGGCCAUCAGCAUGUCUUUUUAUCAGUGAACACAUGACCAGCAGGUUAUAUUCAUUAAAGUAUUUUGUGUAAA